AUGGCCAUCGAGCAGUUUCGGCUCUAUCUAGACUCGUAUCGUUAUCGUGGCGUUGGGGAGAUCACCAGACCGUUCAGUUAUAAUAUUUUCGGAUUUUACAAAAAGGCAGCGGUGGGCCGUCAUACUUGUCUUUGAAAUUAGUCCGCUGAAAGCAACUUCUGGGGUGAUUUUCACAGAUAGCUGGUAUGCUUGACUCCAGUCUUUCUUCGCAAAGUAACGAUUCUAACUUGACGAAUAGAUAUGCGGUCCACAAGCUUCCUCUUACCAGCUCUCGCGGUUGUCUGUCAUGGUGCAGCCUUACCAUUUCAUGUUCGCGAUGUCAUCGAAGCGAGAGAACCACAAAUACUAGAACCGAGUCCCACUCGAACCGUGAUUGUCGGUCCAACACCUCCAUCAUGGCCAUGGACCCUACCUCCCCAUCCCCAUCCAACAUGGCCACCAAAGCCGCCCAAACCUUCAUCGAAAUCGUCAUCCACCAAACAAGAGCCCACAACAUGGUUGACAUAUACCUAUCCUGCUUGUCCCCAACCAACGCAAUCGACACCUGUCUUGACAGUACCAAUUGAUAAGCGAGAGCCUCAGACUCUUGGAUGGCCAACUCGAAGCGCCUCCGUUCCAGUAGCAUCACCAACCAAAGCCUGCAUCUCACAGCCGUACGUCACACCAAGUCGAUCAACCAGCUGGGGUGGGCCAGGUACGACACGCACGAUUCCCGUGAUCACAGUACCUAUUUCAGACUUUGCCCCUGUUCCGACCAUUCUAGCAGAAGCUCGAGAGUAUACGCGAACGAUUCAGUGGGAAGGUGCAGAUACCACUCGUGGAAUCCCAGCUAUGACGGUCCCCAUCACGGCUCGAAACGUGGAAUAUACGCGAUCAGUUGAUUGGCAGGGGGCGGGGACAAUACGUACAGUUCCCGUUUUCACGGUGCCGAUUGAGAAGAGACAGAUACUUGGGGAACCGACUCGUACUGUUAUUGUUGGUCCUACGCCUGACCCGCCUGCUCCACCGACGACGAAACCAUCGCAUACUAAGACAACUUCGAAGUCUACCGUCAAGCCUUCUCAUACUAAAACGACGAGUAAACCGACAAGUAAGCCGACGAGUAAACCAACGAGUAAAUCAACAGUCAAACCGACAAGUAAAUCAACAAGUGCAACCACGAGCAAAUCCACAAGCGCAGCGACGAGCAAACCAACAACAAGCACUUCCUCCGAGCACCGUCCUAUAUCAACCGAACCACAUCCACCUCAAACAACACACUUUGAUGUCAACGAGGAAGACGAGACAAACCAGAAACGUCAAGAAAUCGGUAUCCCAGGAUACACCAUCGUCUGGCCAUCCAAUAUUCCCCGUCCAACCAACAUUCCCAUGAUGACUGUGCCCCUGAACAACAAAAGACAAGAGUUUCCUACUGGUAGCUGUCUAACCAGGACUGCUAUUACUUGGGGUGAUUCUCCACCAGGAGCUACCGAUUUGCCGCCUAUUGAGGUUCCUCCUCUUGAUCUUCCGCCGGUUGAUGUGCCGCCGGUUGAGACGGGUGUUCCGGGGGAGGAGCGUUGA